UGCCGGGAUUUUCGGGUAACGACCGUUCGCUUUCUCGCCCUAGUCGCCUGUGGUGUCGUAGCUCGCGGGGAAGCGUCAUGUCUCAGACCCGAGUGGCCCAAGUGGAGUCCGGCCAGGAGGUCAAUUCGACCGACAGCGCCAGGAUCGUGCUCAAGCUAACGAGGCCGCCGGCCACGCGGCGGCAGGUGGCCUGGCGCGAAGACACGGUCGACAACGAGCACCUGAACCGACGCAAGUCCAAGUGCUGCUGCAUCUACAGGAAGCCCCGUGAGUUCGGCGAGAGCUCGUCGGACAGCGACGACGGCGAGUGCGACAACUGCAGGGGGCACAAGCAGCGGGCCCGCGGCCAGCCCCGCCAAGCCCAGGCGUCCGGCCGUCGCGUCGGCUGGAGCGCCGACACGGUCGAUAACGAAGACAUGGGCAAGCGCAAGUCCAAGUGCUGCUGCAUCUACGAGAAGCCCCGGGCAUUCGGCGAAAGCUCGUCGGACAGUGACGACGGCGAGUGCGACAACUGCAGGGGCCACGUGGAGCUCAGGAGGGCCGCUCCGUCUGCGGACUGAUUCGGGGGCCGGGCCCCGCCACUCUGAGGCGCGCACGAGUCCCGUCUCCUCUCCCCCUUGAGUGUCUGGACGGCUUCCGUUGUGCCACUGUCGAGGCAGAAACGUCAGAGGACACGCGGGUGUUGUCGAAUGUACGAACGGCGAUAAUAAAUUUCUGGUGAGAGCGA